UUCCAGAGUCGGUUUCCGUUGGCAUUUAUACCCCUACAACACAAACCAAAAAAAUUUCACGAAACCCCUUGCAUCUCUCAAGUCUCAUAUUGGCUAUUAGGGUUUGAUUCGAUUGCCUCUUGGAAUUUCUCAAAAUCUCCAUUAUUUCCCUCUUUGAAGGUUUUGUGGUUGUUUGAAAAUGCAAGGAGGCAGGGGUAACAGAGAUCCUUUCUUUGAUAAUGGUGAGCCUUUUGGGGGUUUUGGUGGCUUUGGGGGUCAGAGAAGUUUGCUCUCUGAUUUUUUUGGGGGAAGGGAUCCGUUCGAUGAUCCCUUUUUCACACGCCCAUUUGGAGGCAUGCUCGAGUCGAAUUUCUUUGGUUCUGGUGGAAAUCCUUUUGUUAAUAUGCAUCCAUCUCCUUUUCCCAAUAUGCUUCCAUCUCCUUUCCCCAAUAUGCAUCCAUCUCCUUUCCCCAAUAUGCUUCCAUCUCCUUUCCCCAAUUUGCAUCCAUCUCCUUUUCCAAACCUGCAUCCAUCUGGAUUUGUUGAUCACCAAGCUCCAGAGCUGAAAAAAUCAAGGGGGCCGAUUAUUGAAGAGCUAGAUUCUGAUAAUGAGAAAGAUGAAGGAGAUAGAGAGAAGAAAGAGAAUCCUAGGAAACAUGGUAGGUCGAGCAAGGAGCCAUACGUUGAGGACCCAGAUGAUGAAGCUGAAGCGAGAAAGAGCAAGCAUUUGCAGUAUAGCAAUGAUUAUAGUAGCUUCAAUGGUAUGGAGUCACAGCCCCAAGGACGCAGCUUCACUUUUCAGAGCUCGACUGUCACACAUGGUGGUGCAAAUGGAGCGUACUAUACUUCUUCCAAGACGAGGAGGGCAGGGAGUGAUGGAUUGAUUUUCGAAGAAAGCAAAGCAGCUGAUAGUGCUACUGGCCAAGCAACCCACAAGGUGUCUAGAGGACUUCACAACAAGGGCCAUAGCCUUGCAAGGAAGCUUAAUUCAGAUGGUAGGGUGAAUACAAUGCAGAUGUUGCACAAUCUCAAUGAAGAUGAGCUUACUGGUUUUGAAGAAGCUUGGAAGGGAAAUGCUGGAAAGCAUUUGCCUGGCUGGACUGGAAGUUUCACUGGGAUGGAUAACAUUGGGGCUAGCAGAAGUGGGCAGAAUGCACAAGCAAGCAGAGGAGGUUGGGCUCUUCCUUCUGCAGAACAAUCACAGCACUCUGGGAGAAUGGUACCAGACACCACAGUUGGGGCAGGAUCUUCAGGCAAACAGCAGUCUGGAAGGAGGAAAGGUUCAUCAGAUGUCCAAGACAUGAUCGGUUAUCCCAAGAAGCAGUGAGGAGACGCAUCUAAUAGGCAAAUGGAUUAAGAAGCAAUCAAACAUGCUUCCUUCCCAGUGCUGUGCCCACUUUUCCCUACUCCCUUGUAGUAUUUGAAUGGAGAUAGGAAAUAGAUGUAACUGUUUAGCAAUCAGUUCCACAAUUUAUGCGUCAGCUGCAGCCAGAUAAGAUGGUCAGUAACGUUCAUCUUGGAUGAUUGCUGCCAGUGAUUCUUCUUUCGGUACGACCACGCUUAUUGUAUUUAGAUCUUCAUUUUUCACUGGAUGUCAACAUAUGGUAUUGGACCUUUGUUUCGGAUUGUAUAAUAAUGCUAGUGAUCUAUGAACCCUUUAGAGUUCAACUUGGAAUCCUCAGGGUUUCGUUCCUACUGUCUGCAUUUUGUAACAAAAAUAUAUACGAAAUUAUCAUAAUCUUUUAGUGGAAAAAUUGAAGCCUUUGU